GGCCGGAUCGCGACGUCAGAUGAAAACCAAGCCAGGAAAAAAAGAAAGCUUUUAGUGUUAACGAGAUCGUUUCGAAAGUCCUUAGAGUGACACUGAAGUAACCUUUGAGUGUUUCCUGUACUGCGGUAAAUAGAAAGUCCUUGAGAAAAAUCCCGUCAUUUUAAACCAAACGUAUUGAGCAAUACRAUGUAUAAGCUACGGUGGAAUUCACAGAGAUUAAACCCAAUAAGUAAUAUGUGAGUUGACGCACGAACAAUAUUAACAGACGAAAAGGUAAUCUGACAAGAAACCUCAAAGCAACUGACGAGUCUACCAGCAAGCUUCUAUAGCCAAAGSAUAGAAAUUAUCAACGAUUGGUGCUGAUUUGAAAUUUGUGGGCAUCUCAAGAUUUCUACACACCCACCAACUUAUUUUAUUUAACAUCUCUUGGAACACUGAUAAAAAGAAAUUUCUGUGGUUGCACAUUUAAGGGACUAGCUGCAAAUUAAGGUUAUAUCCGAUAACGUUUAAUUGAAACACACUUUUGAAUAACCACAAGAAAAAAGGUUGCUUGAUCGAAAUUCUGACKAACAUCCGAGGAACAAGUUUGUUUAUUACACCAAUUUCAUCGUGCAAGUCUCUGGAGAUAUUUAUAUACAUGUAAAUAAACAGACUUUUCCAGCAAUAUUUGGAGAAGAUGACUUGUAUUCUAAAGUGUUUGGCAUUCUGUACUGUAAGCAUACAGUUGUACUGGAUGGCGACUUGUGACUCCAACAUCGAUCCAGUGGUAAGACGGAGGAACGACAAAGUUUACCUUUUCUACCGAAAUGGGWCAUCAUGGAUAGAUAACCGGGAGAAGUGCAAGGGUCUCCAUGGUGACCUGGUUUCUUUAAAUACAAAGGACGAAUGGGAAUUCAUCAAAAACGAGAUACAGAACCUGAAAAACCGGUUUAAAGACGAAUGGCAUAUAGGUCUUAAAAGACAUGGCCACAAUAAAACAAACAGGACAUCAUGGUACUGGUUAUCAGGUAAACAGCUCAAUUAUGACCCUUGGCAGAUCCACCAACCAUCAGGCGAUGGYGAGUGCWCUAACAUAGCCAAGAACUAUUUAAAUAGUGUUGGAGGAGUCAAUGAUCUGCCUUGCCGAGGGUGGUACAGUCCUAGAGGGUACAUAUGUGAGGUGCAACAUGUACCAAUAGCUCGUUCAGUCGAUGGAGCAGUGUUCACAGAAAAAUGGGAUAGCAUAGGAGGUUUCAAAAUCAAAGACUUGACAAGCCAUUCAACUUACCCAGACUCACCUAAUGAAACCUACAACAUGGCGACAUUUUUCCUUGGUAGAACAUAUGAAAGGGACUUUGGGAUGAGGAUGAGAUCAUACUUUCAAGCACCAAUGACAGGCAACUAUUCAUUCCACAAUUAUUUGUGCGAUGACUCUUGUAUGGUGUAUUUGAGCAUUAGUGUUAAUCCUAAAGACAAAAAGAUCAUUACUGACCAUAGUCCUGGUGGUAAAGGAAUAAAAAGUAGUCAACCAGUAUACCUUGAGGAAGGCAAGCUUUAUUACCUGGAAAUGCUGUUCAAACAGGGAAACCCUUAUGCUGAAUUUAACCUCUAUGUAUGCUUCCCUGAUGGCAAAGGACAUUAUAAAAUACCAUCAAAAUACUUAAAGAAAAGUGUCAGUGAAAUCGACCGACCAGGUAAAGAUUGCACAAAGUCAGGUGAUCCUAAAUUCCCUGAUUAUAUCAACUGCAAGGACUUUACACGACUUGACAAGCUAAACGCAGUAAAAACUGUACUGAAACAGCUGCAGACAGACAUACGCACAAACCCAGCAAAACCUUCAAURGAAACUUUAGAAGAUUCUAUGAAAACUGCUGCAAGAAARAUAACGUUCCUUCUUGACGACACAGAAAGCCAGCAGUCAGAUCAAGUAGAGAAAGAGGACGGCGGUAUACAAGUUGCUAUGGAAGUUGAACACCUUGGCAAUAUGGUUGCUGAGCAACUCAAUCAAACAGAACCUAUGUCGCUUGAAUAUCCAAACAUAAUAUUGCAGAUCAAGAAGCUCGAGAAGAACUUCAUCUUCCCUGAUAAAAGUCUAAAUGCCUCGUUUCAAACCRAUGACGAAAUAAGCAUAUCAACCAACCAAUCAGAUUCAGACUACCUCGUAUUCAGCUCCCUUUAUAAGAAUCUAGAAGACCUCCUCAAAGGGAAUAUCUCAGAAGUAGAUGGUGACGAAAAGGGGAAUUUUUUCCUUAACAGUCGGAUUAUUGCAAGCUCGCUAAUCCCUGCACCUAAUAAAUCACUUGAGAAGAAAUCAGUCAGACUGAAGCUUGAGCAUAAAAGGUUUAAAAGUUCUAAAAAGCAAGCGAUGAUGUGCGUCUUCUGGAAUUUUACUUCAAGCGGGGAAAAUUCAACCGGUUCGUGGUCAAAUGAAGGCUGUCAAAUAGACGAACAGCARUCCAAUGAAAACUUCACGGUUUGCUUGUGUGACCAUCUGACGCACUUUGCUAUUCUAAUGAAGGUUACUGAAGAUGACAAGCCCCUCUCUGAAGACCACGUGACAGCCUUGCAAGCUAUUACAUACGUUGGGUGYAGCUUGUCUCUUAUUGGUGAGGUUUUGACAAUCGUGACUUUGACAUGUCUAAGAUUAACAAAAGAGACCAAUAUGAUCCAUCUCAACCUUGUUGUCGCUCUGGGUUUGGCGCAGAUUUUUUUCCUGUCCGGCAUUACAGCCACUGAAAACAAGGCUGUGUGCACAUUUGUUGCUGUUGCUCUUCAUUUCUUCAAUCUGGUAGCGUUCUUCUGGAUGCUUGUUGAGGGUCUAUGGCUAUAUGUCAUGGUCGUGCGUGUAUUUGAUACUGGUUACAACAGAAUCAAACGUUACGUCAUCGCCGCAUGGACCAUCCCAGCUGUCAUUGUCGUGGUGACAUUGGUUUCUAGCUUUGAUGGAUAUGGUACAAAACACAGUUGUUGGCUUUCGGUAGAAAAAGGUACAAUCUGGAGUUUUGCUGCCCCUGUUCUUAUUAUUGUAUUGAUUAAUACAGUGAUCCUUGCACUUGUCGUGCGUGAAAUUCUACGAUUACACAACCCUGCGCCCACAGACGAUAGUAAAUUACAAACCGUAAGGUCUGGUAUUAAAUCUACCGUGGUUUUGCUGCCAAUACUUGGAAUUGCUUGGGUAUUUGGUAUCCUUGCAGUAAACAGCCAAACCCUGGCUUUCCAGUAUUUGUUCGCGAUUUUCAACUCACUACAGGGCUUCUUGAUCUUCAUUUUCCAUUGNUUGGUACAUCUUCAGGUCCGUAAGACAUUCCGCCGAAAAAAGCAAAUCUGGUCAGACAAUCAAAUCUUCAAUUGCCAYAGUACUUCGACUCCACAACCCAAAUAUGACAGUGAGCUAUCAAAGGAAACUCGAUCAACUACCAAUGGAGUAGAGAAAAGACCGCAUUCUUCAACCUCAACGUCAAAAAUUAUYAUCAAGUAGCCAAAUGACUAAAUUAAAGUGCGCAAAAUAACAUAAUCUGAUUGUCAACCGGUAUCGCCACUCAUUGGAACUGUAACGAACACAAAAUACCUGUAUCUAUAAUAUACUUAAUAUAUUGUACAUUCUGAUUGGCUGACAACUGUGUUGUUCUACUAGUGAAGAGCAUGGAACAMAGUAAUGACGCAAUCUUUUAUAUUAAAAUAAAAUUGAUACAUAUAGGCUCUGCCAUGCUCCGUUGCUAAAGCAUGCUACGGAAAUUGAUUGGGAGUGUGCUUUACGAAGUGAGAACCACUCGCUUAUGCUUCUCUCAGUUCACUUCCUUCGGUCUCUUCUCACAUUGAGUCAGCGCAUUCUAUCAAUCUUAUAUCAAGGAACGGAGCACGGAUCAGCGUACGUUGUCUAUCUUUUAAAUACAAAUAACCAUACUCUAUAUAAAAUCAAUAAUAUAUACAACAAAUAAACUAUGAACUUGGAGUCCAAGUUUUCUAUYCAUUCGAUGCRAMCAUGGUAUAACUAUAGCCUACUMAGACAGGCGUUCCUGSUGGGGGRGYYGAGGAGAUAGAUAGAUACUUUAUUGAAAUUUACGUUUGCAGCCAGUGCAAGUUACAAAGGAUGUGAUUAUUCAAAAUAUGUAACAAAACUUAUACUUUUUAUCCUUAAAAAAAAGAGAAAACAAGGGGAAAUAUAAAAAUGGGCCUUCCGCUCCUCCUUCUCCACAUUCUUCUC